AUGGAUUCGCGGAUUAGAAGUGCGAUCAGGCAGUUGAAAAAUGACGAUUCUAUCCCGGCUUAUGAAAAGACCCUCUUCAAUUAUGUGCUCGACUAUGCGGAUCAAAUGGAUGCAGCGAUCGGUCGAUACAAAGAACUCGAAGGUGAAGUAAGCAACCUGAAAUGUGACUUCGCUAAGAUGGUACAGUCUUCGGGUGUAGACGCUUCGAUGUUGCUUCCAACGAAAAAUGUUAAUUCUGACGGAAAUCUCAAUAAUGUAAAUCAUUCCACUGCUGUAGGAAACACCAUUGAAAAAGCUGAUUUGUCUCAUCUUAUCGAGGAAAAGGAACGCUUGCGCUCCGUAGUUAUCUCUAAUAUGCUCGAAUUAUCCCAUCCUAGUGCUGUCUCAAGAGGGAUACGUGACGGGAACUAUUUGCGGAACGUUCUUGAUUUCCUUUCAAUUGAAUGUGGCCCACAGGCCUUUUACCACCUCUGGAGACCGAUGGAUGGUGGGGCAAGAUUGAUGAAGGUUGUUUUUCCUUGCCGCUUUUACCGUGAUCUAAUAUUAAAAAAUGCCCCUCGCAUGCGUUUCUCUAAUAAAUUGGGUAUUUUCAUAAGACCUUCAUUGACUAAAGCCGAACGUGCAAAAUGUUCUCCUUGGAUCAACCCCCAUCUACGUGUUAAUAAGCAGCACACUGCUCGCAACAUUCCAAAUUUCCAGUCUGGAUUUGGUAAUUCUUCUGCUGUGUCUGUUGCAUCUGUUGCACUUCCUCCUUCUCAAGUUCCGACUCAACCAAUUUAUAGUUCGCCUCAGAGCACUGCUCCUCCUCUUUCAUAG